UAUCUUAUUUAACGUUUUCGUAUUUUAAUAAAAAAUCUAAGUUCGAAACUUCAAAUUUCCAUUCUCACUUUUAUAUGCUUUUUUCUCUCCACUACUGCUACUCUCACUUUAUCUUCUCCAAUUAUUUGAAUUUCAAUUAACAAAAAACGCUCCCGAAAUCCUUCUCUCGAAGCGUUUUUCUCUCUCCAGAUAUUUUUUUUCAGUUGUUAAAAUGCCAGAGAUUCAAUUGGGUGCGCAUACAUUCAGAAACCAGGGAGUGGAAGUAGCAAAGUUUCACAUGCACGACUGGUUUAUUCUCUUCCUACUUGUGGUGAUUGAUAUAGUUUUAAAUGUGAUAGAACCAUUUCACCGUUUUGUUGGAUCUGACAUGAUGACAGAUUUGAAAUACCCUUUGAAAGACAAUACUAUUCCCUUUUGGGCUGUUCCGAUUGUUGCUAUAAUCUUACCUUUACUGGUCAUACUUGUCUUUUACUUCAUCAGAAAGGAUGUUUACGAUGUGCAUCAAGCUAUAUUAGGAUUGCUGUACUCUGUACUCAUCACCUCAGUUCUUACUGAUGCAAUAAAAGAUGCCGUUGGUCGACCCCGUCCAGACUUCUUCUGGCGGUGUUUCCCUAAUGGAAAAGCGGUGUUUGAUACAAUCACAGGCGAUGUCAAUUGUAGUGGCUUGAAAAAUGUUAUCAAAGAAGGACAUAAGAGUUUCCCAAGUGGACAUAGUUCUUGGUCUUUCGCUGGUCUUGGUUUCCUCGCUUGGUACCUGUCUGGGAAAAUCAAGGCAUUUGAUCGAAGAGGCCAUGUUUAUAAGCUCUGUCUUGUUCUCCUGCCCUUACUAGUUGCAGCACUAGUUGCAGUUUCCCGAGUUGAUGACUACUGGCACCAUUGGCAGGAUGUAUUUGCUGGAGGUCUCCUAGGAUUGAUUGUGGCUUCAGUUUGUUACUUACAAUUCUUCCCCCCGCCAUAUGAUAUAGAUGGUAGGAUGCCUCAUGUACAUUUACAAAGGCUGGCAGAACAGCGAACUGGUACACAGUCUAUGUCGAAUAAUCCAGGUCAUCUUACUAUAAGGCAACCCGAAAUUGACAAUAUGUAUGCUCAACCUCAACAUGGCGUUGGCGUAUCAGAACACAGUGCACAUGAGACCAGACCAAUCUUUGAUGAAGACGUUGAAAAUGGCAGAUGGAGGCGUUGAAUUGACUUCAUGUUUCGUGCAUUAACUGUAUAGAUCAGAAUAGGUAUUCUGCAACUCAGUUAGUCUCAUCGAUCAAGUAAGUUUUUUGCAGGGGUUGCUUGUUUUUCUACUUCUGUGAAUUUCUACCCUCGUAAUUUUACAUUUGUUUCUUAGAUUCGACUUCAAGAACUCCACGUGCUAACUGGUUACUACCUAGUUCUCAAGUAAUUUCCGUGAUUUCGUUCAUUUUUAGACGAGAUAAAAUGUGGUGUAUAGACAUGAAAUCUCAAAGCCUUAUGGCCUAUGUUUAGGACUUGCGAGUAUUGUUGAUAGUUCAUGAGUUCACCUUUUACUCUUUUAA